AUGCUGAAUCCGUUCAAAAUCGACGUCACCGAAAAGUUUCUCGCUGGACCAAUCAAAUGCAGACAGCAUAUCCACUCAUCAUCACAGAGUAAAAACACAGAAAUAAGACGACUAGCAAACAUGAAGAUAAUCACUAUUCUUCUACUCAUCGCCACUGCUGCUUUUACAUUUUCAUUCGCCGCUGAAGAAGACAAAAAAGACGUUGGUACUGUCAUUGGUAUCGAUCUCGGUACAACCUACUCAUGCGUUGGUAUUUUCAAAAACGGACGAGUAGAAAUUAUUGCCAAUGAUCAAGGUAACCGUAUCACACCAUCCUAUGUUGCAUUCACUCCUGAAGGUGAACGUCUCAUUGGGGAUGCUGCCAAAAAUCAGCUCACUUCGAAUCCUGAAAACACUGUUUUCGAUGCUAAACGUCUCAUCGGCCGUGAUUUCAAUGAACCAAGUGUUCAACAAGACAUCAAACACUUUCCAUUCAAAGUCAUCGAAAAGAACUCAAAACCAAUCAUCCAAAUCAGUACUGGCAAGGAACAAAAGCUUUUCACACCCGAAGAAAUCUCAGCUAUGGUUCUCGGCAAGAUGCGUGAGAUCGCUGAAGCGUACCUUGGAAAGAAAGUCACUCACGCUGUUGUCACCGUUCCUGCUUACUUCAAUGAUGCUCAACGUCAAGCCACGAAAGAUGCUGGUACCAUCUCGGGCUUGAAUGUCAUGCGUAUCAUCAACGAACCAACGGCUGCUGCUAUUGCUUAUGGAUUAGACAAGAAAGAAGGUGAAAAGAAUAUUCUUGUCUUCGAUUUGGGUGGUGGCACAUUCGAUGUGUCAUUGUUGACCAUUGACAAUGGUGUGUUUGAAGUCGUUGCCACCAAUGGCGACACUCACUUGGGUGGUGAAGAUUUCGAUCAACGGGUGAUGGAACACUUCAUCAAGCUAUUCAAGAAGAAAACUGGCAAGGAUGUUCGCAAAGAUGUCCGUGCAGUACAAAAACUCCGACGAGAAGUAGAAAAAGCGAAGCGAACAUUGUCAUCUCAACAUCAAACAAAGAUCGAAAUCGAAUCAUUCUUUGACAAUGAAGAUUUUAGCGAAACAUUAACACGAGCCAAGUUCGAAGAACUCAACAUGGAUUUGUUCCGAUCGACAAUGAAACCUGUUCAAAAAGUAAUGGAAGACGCCGAUUUGAAGAAGAGCGAUAUUGCUGAAGUUGUUCUCGUUGGUGGUUCAACACGUAUUCCAAAAGUUCAACAGUUAGUUAAAGAAUUCUUCGAUGGCAAAGAACCAUCCCGUGGUAUCAACCCCGAUGAAGCUGUUGCUUAUGGUGCUGCUGUUCAAGCGGGUGUUCUCUCCGGCGAACAGGACACUGGUGACAUUGUUUUACUCGAUGUCAAUCCAUUAACUAUGGGUAUUGAAACAGUUGGUGGUGUUAUGACAAAGAUCAUUCCACGUAACACAGUCAUUCCAACAAAGAAGAGUCAAGUCUUCUCCACUGCUGCUGACAAUCAACCAACAGUCACCAUUCAAGUUUUUGAAGGUGAACGACCCAUGACCAAGGACAACCAUGUGUUGGGCAAAUUCGAUUUAACCGGUAUUCCACCAGCACCUCGAGGUGUUCCACAAAUUGAAGUCACCUUCGAAAUCGACGUCAACGGUAUCUUGAAAGUAACUGCAGAAGAUAAAGGCACAGGAAACAAGAACAACAUUGUCAUCAACGCAAACAACAAUCGAUUAUCGCCAGAAGAAAUCGAUCGUAUGAUCAAAGAUUCGGAACGAUUUGCAGAUGAAGACAAGAAAGUGAAAGAACGCGUUGAUGCUAAGAACGAACUUGAAUCAUAUGCUUAUUCAUUGAAAACUCAAUUGGGCGACAAAGAGAAACUUGGUGGCAAACUUUCAAGCGAUGACAAAUCAACAAUUGAAAAUGCCGUAGAAGAACAAAUCAAGUGGCUUGAAUCAAAUCCAGCUGCUGAAGUAGAUGAAUUGAAAGAACACAAGAAACAACUUGAAGAAAUUGUCACACCAAUCAUGACCAAACUGUACGGACAAGGUGGCGGUGCAGGUGGUGCUGGAGAUGUUCCUCCACCUCCUCCACAUGGCCAUGAUGACGAUAGCUUGUAA